CUGGCGGAGAAUGUGGGAAAAGAGCGCGAAAGGGGUCCUUGGGGGGGAGCAACGCAAUUCUUACGUUGAGUGCCCUUCUAAAGGCCACCGUCACCUUUUCCUACAACAGAGGGCAGCGUUCACAGCUGAUAUGAGAUGGCCUUGACAAAUUUCAGAUGUUUCCAGGCGUGUAUUUCUAGAGUUCAAGCAUGCAGACAACUACUCACUGGAAGCAGAGCCUUGAUCCUCUUCACUCAGCCAAUUAGCUCACCCAAGUUCUGCUUCUGUAGUUCUUCAGAGCUGCAAAUGGUAUGUUCAGAGACUGGUUUUCUGCUCCCUGGUUGCAGAAAUUACCAUAUGGAACUGGGAAACCAUCUCAGCUCUGUUAUAAUAAGAACAGAACAGCUCCACGAAGAGGCAGGCAGCAAUUUAAAAUCUAAUAACAAAUGGGCAGAUGAGCAGAUGUUCUUGAAGCAACUGAACCAAUUAUCUUCAUACAAAGACAUUUCCAAACUUAUACAUUCAUUAGAAAGCUUAUCAGACACAAUGGUGGCCGCCACUCUUCAACGACUAUGUGAUGUUCAACUGGAGGACAAUGUACUGAAGAAUCUUGAGGAGGUCAUGGAAGAUGAAGUCUUCAGUUCCCUCUGCUUCCAGCUGGAACAACAAUCUCCUAAUCUUUCAGAUUCCGGGCUUGUAAAUGCAUUAAAUGCUCUGAUAAAGUUGCGUGUGGACCCCUGGAGCACCCUGAUGGUUCGCUUAGUAUCAGAGAGCCAGGAGCGUCUAGAUAAGAACCAGAUGAGUAUUAAAAAUUUGUGUGUUCUUGCAGAAAGCGUAUUUAGCCUGGAAGGUCCAGGCUGUGCUAUGUUAGAAGAAAUUAUGGCUCAAAUUCAAAGUGCAAACCUUGAGGACUGGAAAGUAAAUGAAAUUGUCAUGGUCUACAGAGUUCUGCAGCUGGGAAUAGGGGAAAGGGGGAAAUACCAGGACUUACUAAACAAAAUGAAUGAUAUCGCUGUAACUCAAGUUUCUCAGUUCAACCCCAGACUGACAUGUACUGUAUUAAAUGCUCUGGUUGUGCUUGAUCAAACCCAAGCCCUUCCCCUUGUGAUAAAACUGUGUAAGCAUUCAAUACGGCAUGUCCCCCACUUUACAGAUGAUGAGCUAGUUAAUGUACUGGAGGCUUUUAUUCAUUUUGGACACAAUGAUCAGUUUUUUACUGAAGCUCUGGAAAGGCAUGUCACCAAAUGUGGCUUCACUAUGCAUCCCAGCACACACUCUAAAGUCAUGCAGUACUGUAGCAAGAAGCACAUCCUCUCCAAAACCAUUUUCAAUGUGGUGGCUGAAAGUUUUGUCUACAACGCCGACAACUUCACAACAACUCAGAUAGCUGAGCUGGUUGUCCCAUUUGGAAAACUCAACUAUUUACCACCAUCUGCUCCAUCUUUUUUCCGAAAGCUCGAAAGAAUACUCAGCACAAGAUUUGUUCAAUUUCAGCCUCAUGUGCUCUUGAACCUUCUUCAUUCCUGCACGCUUCUUGAACGCUAUCCACUAAAUUUUCUGGCAAAAGUAUUUAGUCCCUAUUUUCUGCAGCAGUUACAAACCAAAGAACCUCACUUGAAGAAGCUAGUUCUUUCGCAACUGACCCAGAUGUUUCUUACUGUUAUACUGGAGUGCCCAUCUUAUGACGGUCCCAAGCUCCUUCCCAAAUACCGAGUCAAGUCCUUUCUCACUCCAGGUCAUUCCCUGGAGUCCUUGCCAGACGUGCAUUUUUUCAGCAGAGUGAAGGCUGGCUUGGUUGAUCUCCUGGGAGCCCGGACAUAUUUCGCCUCCCAUGUGUUAACGCCAUACUGUUAUACUCUAGACAUUGAGAUUAAACUCGAUGAAGAAGGAUUUGUGCUACCAGCUAACAGAAAUGAAGAUGUGUACCAAAGAAUAGCUGUCUGCAUUGAUGACCAAAAGAGAUUUUGCGCCAACAGUCACAAUCUUUUGGGAAGAGAGGCUAUUAAGCAAAGACACCUGCGGCUCCUUGGAUAUGAUGUUGUGCAGAUUCCAUUUUUUGAGUUUGAGUCAUUACACAACAGAGGUGACAUAUUGGAAUAUCUGCACAGGAAAGUCUUCCCCAGCUCAUAUAGACUUAGCUGGUGAUGCAACAGCAGCCAAAUACUGCUCAAAUUUCUGUAGGGACUGUGGCUUAUUUAUUUUUAAAAGCUGAGAUUAAAUUUAUCUUGAUUUCUAUUUCUGCCUUCCAGUAAGACACAUGAGAAUUAUGUAACAUUAUGGUAAAAUACAACCAAAUUUUCUGAG